CUCUUCGAACGCCCUCCGUUGCUCCAUUAAUCACAGAUCUUUGCUGUCAGUCACCAUGGGAGAUCUCGCACAAGUCAACAUGGUACGUUGUCGCGUUGUCGAUGCUCCGCGGCGCCAAGGCUGUACGGAUGUGCGCAUGUGUUCGUGUGUUGUGGGUGCAGAGCUUCCAGAUCGUGCCCAUCUUCGAAGAUGAGGCCAAACAGGUGAGAAAGAGAAGCCGCCGGCCGCUUAUGCGCUCGACGCACACAUGCAUGUCUCUGUGCUGUGUGUGUGAGUUGUUUAGUACAAGAUGAUAGACGAGGUCAUCGACAUGAUCAAGUCCAUGAGCGGAGUCAAGGCAGAAGUCGGACCGGUGAGACCAGACGCCAUACGCACACACACUCACUCUCACACACACACACAACAGUGUGCACGCGUGUGUGGUUGCUCUGUGUGCUCUGUGUGUGUGUGUGUGUGUGUGUGUGUCAGAUGGCUACGUGUGUGGAGGGCAGCAUGGACCAGGUGCUUGAGAUCGUCAAGAAGGCCCACACGAUGCUGCUGGAGAAGGGCUGCAGCCGUGUGCUGUCGCACGUGUCCAUCGAUACCAAGAAGGGAGGCGUCUCUAUGGCCAGCAAAAUGAAAUGAAGCGACACAAACAGACAGACACACCACACCCACCAGCCGACCACCACACACUGACUUGAGGGGAGGGGCGGGAGGGAGGUACCGUUUUCUCAGAGUGUCGUCACGACGGAUGAUUGUGUGUCUAGGACGUUGCGGGAGGUAGGUCUGUCUGUCGGGAUGUCUGGAUGUGUGUAUGUCAUAGGGUCUCUGUCUGUCUGUCAGUCAGCUCACCGACCCCUUUCCCCUUUUUCCGGCCGGCCGGCCAGUCAGUCAGCCAGCCAGCAUCUCCACACCCUCUGUAUGUGUGCACGUAUCGUAUUUAUGUGGAAGAGGCAAAGGAAGGUGCUGCAGUUUUUGCGAUAGAUCCGUGAGCAGAGCAGCCAAGGGAAGGGAAGAAGGAGUGAGAACGAUGGCCUGACAUGACAAGCCCCCCACUGACUGACUCAGUCGUCCACCUCACCCUUUUUUCGCUCUGUAUGCGUCGUGUGCACACCGACCGUAUGUAUGUAUGUAUGUAUGUCAGCGUGUGGAUGGGAUCAGCGUCCGUGCUGCUUUUGUCGUGUGUCGUGUCGUGUCGUGGCGAGGUGUUUUCAGUGAGUGAUGAGAUGAGCGGAGCGCAGAGAGAGCCGCGCUUUAGUCGAGCGCGCCAAACACAGAUGGAAACGGAUAUAGGUGUGUGUGUGUAUGUCUGGUGCCUGCCGUGUUUUUCUCUGUACGCAAGCGCAAGAAAUGGCAGGCAGUGAUUGCGUGGGAUGGGAUGGCCCCCCGAGGCGUCCGUCGAGUGGUGCUGCUUUUGUACGUCUGUCCGUCCGAGAGAAAAAGAUAAUGAAGGAAUGCAAUGCAUCAACCAACAUAUGAGUGAGUGAAUGGUCCAUCCAUCCAACAUAUGCUGGCUGGAUUGGCAGGCAGGCAGGCAGGCAGAUGGCAU